CAAACGCAGUGUGAAUUGAACAUUACGAAAGUGUGUAGCAGGUGCGUACACGUAUCUGAUACAUACAUAUAUAAUGUAUAUACAAGUUUUUUUAUGGGAUUGCAUGGGAUACAGCUUUUAAAAAUGAAAAUUAAUUGAAACGAAGGCGCAAAUUUUUGUGUGAUAAACUAACAGUUACGCUCAAGUGCAUAUUGACACUCGCAAAUGUAUCUUUGUGGAUGCAAGAAACCACUUUGAUAAAUGAGUUUGCAAGAUAGCUUGUUUUCUGAAGAUGUCGAAUAUGACAUAACCAUCUUUACGAGGAAUAAGACACGCAAGAGAGCACUUGUUUUUCCACCUGUCAAUAACUAUCGCCGAUAUAUAAUACAUCAGCUGGUGCAGGAUCGUUUCCCUUUGCUGCAAACGUUCUCAAUUGGUCAAGGUUUGGCCAGACGUACCGUAGUAUGCUACAAGAGUGAUAUGAGAAGCGAUUGGAAAUCAAAACCGAAUGCUCUUGAGUGGAAAACGAAUUCUACAACGAAACAAACGGACACUACUUGCGGGAUGGGUGUCGAGGAUCGACGAUCGCUUUCAACGUCUCCAGAAUGCAAACAAUUACAACGACAAGCCAAAUCAGUACCAUCGGUCGAAAUUUAUAGGCCACCGGCGGCUAGGAGAGCUAGCAAUUCUUCAGAAACAAGUAGCACACAAGUACAAUCGAUUGGAGAUUCUUCUUCGAUCAAGAAUGCACGACAAAAACGACCCGAUCGAGCGGUUUAUGUACCCAGACAUCGAAGAAGUUUAGAAGUUGAAGAAAAGAAGCAGCAAAAUCCAAGAGUCUGUCCUACAAGACAUGAAGCAUCAAACAAAGAUUCAACUACGAACAAUAAUUCUAAACUAGAUGUGCUUAUCAGAUGUACGCAACAAGGUAUAGGCAGUUCAAGUUCAAAUAAAAUCUCUAAGAAUCGUAACAAAGAGAUCGAAAACAAUUAUGUUCCGCAAGAGAUUUUAAAGAAUGUAGUUCUUUUAGAUUCUGGAGAAAUUUCAGAUACGCACGAUAACACCGAGCGUUAUCGUGCUCAUAAAUUAUUGGAAGAAUUGGAGAAAGAUGUGCCAACUUUAUUAGAAGAGAAAAAAUCAGUUGCGACUGAUAAUUUUAAUGAAAAUAGCGUUAAUUCAAAUCUACUAAAAUCAUCUGACAAAGUUGCAAUAAAUAAUAAACAAUUAGAAAUAAUGCAAGAAACUGUUGCAGAAAACGAGUCCUCAGCAGAACAUUUAAAUUGCAAUGAUGUAAUAGCACAUAAAAACGAACAAUUAAUUGAACAAAAUAUAGUAUCGGAUGUUUUGGUAAUUUCCGCCGAUAGUAAAAAAGGUUUGAAACAUUCUGAACAAGUAUCUUCGACUGUAAUGCCACCUGAAAAAAAAGUCAAGAAAAUAGAAAGGCAAAAGAGUAAACCGGUCCCACCGCCCUCUCCACCUUUGAAGAUAAACAGAGACGAAUGCGAUUGGGAUAAUUUAUUUGAUGAUAAUGGAGAUUGUCUAGAUCCGACAUUGAUAGAAGAACUUACAUCAGCAGUAGGUGAAGUGGCGAUAGAACAACCAAAUAAUCAUUACAAGACAUACAGCAAACAAGUCGAAGUGUCUAGCGAUGAAUUUGCACACGUUAUAGAAAUUUACAAUUUUCCUUCAGAGUUCAAAACUAGCGAUUUAGCAGCUGUUUUUAGUUCUUUCAAGAAUGGUGGUUUUGAACUGAAGUGGGUAGACGAUACUCAUUGUUUGGGAGUUUUUAGCAGUCCUCUUGUUGCUGCUGAAGUGUUAGCAUCAAAUCAUCCAUUCGUGAAAACGAGACCACUUAGCGAAGCUACCGCUUUAAGUAAAGCAAAGGCAAGAAAAAGUGCAGAAUUUCUGCAACCUUAUAGAAAUCGUCCUGAAACAUGCGCCGCCUUAGCUAGAAGAUUAGUUACUGGUGCAUUGGGCGUAAAACUCGCUACAGCUAGAGAAGAACGUGAGCACGAAAAGAAUGUAUUGCGUGAAGCCAAAGAAAAAAAACGAUUAGCCAAUAAACAACGAGAGGAUGUCUGGGAAGGCAUAAUACCUGCAAAGUAAUAUUACAUAUUGUUAAUAUAGGACUACUUAUAGAGAGAUUGUUUGUACUUCAUCAUAUACAUUAUCGUGACUAAAGCCCGCGGCACACGGUACUAUUUUCUCUGCUGGAUUGCUAACUAGAUGUGUGUACUUGCUAUCGUGUGGGCAGCAGUGCUGGCAGUGCUACUGGCAAUAUUGUUGGCUUGGCUUCAGACGAUGCGGGUUUCCAUACUGGCUAAGCAAACUGAAGUAAACAUGGAGUAGACCAUUGCCAUUGCAGUGCAACAUAAAAAAAUCUAAUUGCAUUAUUUUUAAUUUUUGCUUUGCAAUUUGCUAUGGACAUCAUAUUUGUUAAUGUAUAACAAUACUAACAUCAACCAAGAGAAUACUUCCACGUAACUUAACUUAACCUAACUAAAUGAGGUUGUGUCGUGAUUGGCUCUUGCAAUGAGCCAGCACAGGAUCACGCAAGAAAAAUAGCACCUGUUCUAUCAUGGAAAUCCAGCAUAUCAGUCAGUAGCGUGACCAGUAGACACACAAUUUCCAGUCUAGCAGACAGCAAGAUUGCCAGCACAGGCACACGUUAGCAAUCCAGCAGAGAAAAUAGUACCGUGUGCCGCGGGUUUUAGUCAUCAUGCAUAAUGGAUAUUUUCCAGCAAGAAAGCAGUCUACAGAGUGUGAUACAGUAUCGAUAUAACAAUUUGUUUUCCUAUGAUAAUACAAAUUGGUAUAGUUGCAACGUAGAGUCGAAAAUUUAUGUUGGAAUUACGAUUAUAUGAUUAUUUUUAUGAAUUAUGAUUAACUGAUAGUAAAAACUUCUCCAAAAAUUAAAAAAAAAUUUUGAUGCCAAAAUUUGAUGUGGCAUUGAACGCUAAAAUGUUUUUUUUCAAUUUUUCUUUUUCUCUUAACAACUUAAAUCAAUUAAAGUUUAAUUAAACAGUAAAUUAUUAAUGAUAUAAUAAAACUUGCUGUCUGUAUCUUCUUGCUGGAAAUUUUACAAUGUUAUUGACACGUUAAAAUAUGCGAUCAAUAUUUAAUGGCGUUUUCGACUGAAUGGAUCGAUUCAGGAGCGAUUAAUGACAGACCAUUGGAUUUCUGUCGUGGGUUAUUAGAGACUUGAUUAAAAACCAGAUUAUGUUCGAUCGAAGUUUUACAACAUGAAAAGGACAUUGUGCAAUAAAUAUAAGACUUGUCUCUUUAAAUAAGUUUUUAAUAAACUAAUAUCCCAAUAAAUAAAAGAAAAAUAUUUGAACGUAAGUUCAUGGUAAAUUGCGAUUAAUCGUUCUCAGAUCAAUCCAAAUUUAUUUAAUCGAAAACGCUAUAAGAUUUCACUAUAAGAAAUCGCAGUCCUAUAGCGCACUUGCGUAUAUUUGUGCCUUACUUAUAUAUCUCAUCUAUAUCCUUUAUAAACAUAAAUAGAAAAAGUUAAAUACGUAUACAAAAUACAUAUAUGUAUACAUAUUUUUGCUGGUUUUAUAACAAAUUCGCGAUAAUUUAUCGUUAUAAUUAUAUUUGGUAAAUAUUCAAUUAUUCAAGUUAAUUAUCCUUUGAAAAAUAUUGGGACUAUCAUUGGUUUACAGAUAAAUUUACGUAAAGAAAAAUUAACAGUAAAAAGGAUCAGCGGUACGUCCAUGUCAUUUACAUUUUUUUAUAUAUAUGAAUGUGCAAUCUUUUUUUUGAUGGAUAUUAUAAUAGCGUUGAUUGCUUAGAGUGAAAAUCUGACGUCGAAAUUAUAAGUAUAGUGGCUCACGCUUAUAAUAUUUAAAAAAUUGAAAGUUAAAUAUUUGACAUUAUCAUUUUGAUAACACCACUGUGUUAUGAGUUUAUAUAAAUAAUAGAACGAUAAAUACAUAGUACAGUUUGAUCACAAGACAAUAAAUUAAAAAAACUUUUAAGCCUCUGUGUGAUUGUCACAAUCAAUAACAGUUAUAUGGAAGCAAAAGAGCAAACAAUAAAUUGAGUUGCCACUAAUGACUGAAUUUUUUCACACAUAUUUAUCAUAAUAAUAUAUCAAAAUAUACUUUUACAAAGUUUUAUAAUUUCAUAACACAAUAUAUUUAUUGGAAACAUUGUGGCAUUAUAAAAUUAUUGCAAUAAUAUAAAACAUUUUAUAACUCUGACUUAAAUAUAUAUUGCCAUUUAUGUAUCUGUUACAUAUACAAAUAUUACAAAUCAACGCACAAUCGCAUUAUCUAUUCAUAUUACAGAGUUGUCAUGUGUGGAAAACAGAUUGUAUUUUUAUAUACAAUUGUUACCAAUAUGAAAUAAAAAUAUAUAUCGGCUAUCUUUAAUCAAUAUACACAUAUGUUGCAUACAUUUAUUGAUAUGUCACAUGUUGACAAAGCAAUCUCAGAGAGAAGAAAUAAAAAUAUUUUCCAGAGCUAAAUUUAAUUUUGUCUAUUGUAUUUGUAUAUAGUCAA